GAAACAGUUGCCCUUAUCAGUUUCUUUAUAUUCGCUGGUCGGAAUGAGUUUGAAUUCAUUCAAGAAGCUUCACAACAACAAGGAGAAUGAAAUCUCUAUUGCUACUUUUCACUGUUGGGUUGGCCUAUGCCGUACCUCCUUCUGACUGGGUUGUAUUCAAGGCAAAGCAUGGCAAAAAAUACAAAAACAUUCAAGAGGAGCGCUUUCGCAUGAAUGUCUUUUUGGAAAACAAGAAACAAAUCGAAGAGCACAAUGCCCAAUUUGAAAGUGGAAAAGUUUCCUUCAAACUCGGAAUGAACCAUUAUGGAGAUAUGUUGGCUCAUGAAUUUAACGCUUUAAUGACUGGUUUGAAUUCUCCGGCCAGUGCACCAGAUAUGGAACUUUUCAAAGCAAACCAAGAUGAGACUCCAGCAGUUUUCGACUGGAGGCAACAUGGAGCAGUCACCCCGGUCAAACAACAACACCUCUGUGGGUCCUGUUGGGCUUUUAGUACUACGGGAGCAUUAGAAGGUCAGUUCUUUCUCAAAAACAGAAAGCUAGUGCCCCUCAGUGAACAAAAUCUUAUAGACUGCACACGCGAUUACCAGAACCGUGGAUGCCAUGGUGGCAGAAUGGAAAACGCUUUCAUUUAUGUCAAGGACAAUGGAAUCAACACAGAAGAAUCUUAUCCUUAUGAAGCUCGUGAGGGCCCUUGCAGAUUCAAUGCAAGCCUUGACGUAGCAGGGACAGUUAGAGGAUAUGUACCCAUCCCAGAAGGUGAUGAAGAUACCCUGAAAAAAGCUAUAGCUUUUGUUGGACCAAUCUCAGUGGCCAUUAAUGCCAACUUUACAUCAUUUCGAUUCUACUCAUCAGGUGUAUUUUUUGAACCUAAGUGCAAUAGCGACAAAUUAACCCAUGCCAUGCUUGCUGUCGGCUAUGGUACUUCGGACGAUGGACUUGAUUACUGGCUGGUGAAAAACUCUUGGAGUUCACGCUGGGGUGAAAAUGGUUACGUCAAGAUUGCCAGAAACAAAAACAAUCACUGUGGUAUAGCUUCUACCGCCUCUUUUCCUGCUAUCUAAUUUUUCUGAAAAAAUAUAUUUAUUUAUUGAAUUGAAAUAUA